AUGAUACCUAACGGAGUACGGGUGCCCCACCCGUGUAAAGCCAGCAACCUGUGGCACGGGGUGGGCCACAUGAACAGUGAGGGUGGCGGCUCCAGGAACGUCUUCGGGGUGGCGUUUGAAAAGGCUGGUCACACGUGGACGAGAGAAUUGUGUCAGGCUGACUCUGAUGGCGAUGGCAAAACCAACGGCGAAGAGCUGGGCGACCCCAGGUGUGUCUGGACACGUGGUUCUACACCUGAGAAAACAAGUGGCCUCAGUCAUCCAGGUAUCUGCGAACCUUUGGAAAGUGAGGCAUGCCAGUUGAAGGAAGUUCCUCCCGCCCCGGGUAACGUGUACAAGUAUCAGAGGGGGUGGAUGGCUGAUGCUUGCAAAAACGGCGAGUUCGAAUGUGAAGACCUAAAAAACACAGCGGACGUCCGCCAGAUGAAGAUUCGCAUCCCUCCUACCAGGGUGCCGGCGAAGGAAACGACUUACAUGUGCGCCUACGUUGACUUCGAGAACGUCACCACUGACUUCCACGUCAUCGCCAACACCCCGAUCAUCAACAACAGCUACGUCAUGCACCACAUGACCUUGAUGGGGUGUCCCAACGGAUACGAGGAUCCAGAGCAAGCACUUCACCAACCGUUUGAGUGCUACAUGGGUAGCUGCGUGGACAUCCUCGCCGUCUGGACUCUAGGAAUGAACGGUCAAUGCUUUCAUCGAGAUGCCGGCUUCAAAGUAGGAGCUAAUAGCUACAAGAGGUUGAGGAUAGAGUACCACUGGAAUAACCCCAUGCGACAGUCGGACUUCGUGGACAGCUCCGGGUUCACCCUGUACUACACCCCUCACCUUCGGCGCCACAACAUGGGCAUGCUGGUGGUUGGUCAGGAGUACCUGGAGAUCCCGCCCUUCACUGACCUCACCGUGGCCUCUUCGGACUGCACGGCCACGUGCACCAAAAACCUUCUAAAGAGCGACAUCUAUGUCACGAGCGCCUUCAACCACAUGCACUAUCUGGGUAAAAGCAUGCUCAUGGAACAUCAUCGUGGCUCACAGAUGCUGAGGUACAUCACCAAGGACUUGGCCUACGACUACAACACCCCUGUCAUCCACAGUUUUUCAGACCCGCUGGUCAUUCAACCCGGCGACACCAUUCGGACCACGUGUCACUUCAAGUCCAGCGACAAGUCAGUCACCACUUUUCAGGGGGAGAACACCUCAGACGAAAUGUGUUAUGGUUUCAUUACUUACUUCCCUGUGGAGAGCGUGCCUGGCAAAGCCUGCCUCUCCCCAUGGAAGGGGUACAUGGACUGCGACCCCAGCACCCAGUUCGGGUGUUCUUCGCAGGAGAGAAAGAAGUUUUCUGGUCAGCAGCUGAACAACACCAACCUGUUUCGCGACAUCACCAGCGUCUGUAAGCCUGUCUCAAAGUGCACGGAGGAGUGCAAAUCAGCGAUCAAAGCCGCCAUGGCACGUGAGCCGUGCAUGCAGACCCAAGAUGGCCGCGACUUCGUGGAGAGUUUGAUGCUGCGACACAGCACGGGGCGGAUGUUGAUGGACUACCUACUGCCCUGUCAGCUGAGCAUCUACAAAGACGGUCAGAAAGACGGCGAGGCAUGUACAGAAGCAGUAGUCGAUGAAACUUCAGGCGGCGAGACACCUGAGAUGACACUCAUUCUCCUGGCUUUUCUGGUUCCUGUGUCCUGCCUCUGGUCGUGGAGCUGA